AUGUCCGACGCAUCAGCCCCGCAGAAGAAGGAGAGAUUUGCUCCUAAGCAGCCUGUGAAUCUCGCGACUCCCAAAGAUGAUGUCAUCACUCGCGACUACCUCACGAAAUGCGAUGGCACAAAUGAAGGGUUCCCCACACUAGUAGCCAUCAAGGGUGAUGUCUUUGAUGUUAGUGGCAAAGAUACGUACGCGCCUGGCAAGAACUACCAUGUCUUUACCGGAAAGGAGCCGAAUCGCGCGCUGGGACUGUCUUCUCUGGAAUUGAAGGAUUGCAUUUCAGAUUACUCUGACCUUACCGAGGACAAGUUGAAAGUCUUGAACGACUGGCACACGUUCUUCUCGAAGAGGUAUAACAUCGUUGGGCGGCUCCAACCUGAGAACAGUGCGAGCCUAUGA